UCCCCAAGCCUUCCAGAGUUGCUGGUUGAAGCAUUUAUUAUUAUUAUUUUUUUGCUCCGCACGGAGGAAGCGAUGGGCAGAUAGCAAGCCUGAGUUUUUUGGGUGUUUUUUUUUAAUAAUUAGGGAGGGGGUCCCCGAAGCGACCUGACCGACCGACAGACCGACAGACAGCCGCCUUCUCCUCCUCCUCUUCCUUUGCCUUCGCCUUGCAAUUGGGCAACCUAUGCCAGUUGGGCAAGCGGCUCGGAAGGGGGCUCGCCUCCGACGGGGGCAGGCGGGAGCAAGAAGAAGGGGCUGAAGACCUCCCCCCCGCUUCCCAAGACCCUUCCCUUCGCCUCUAGCCCAGCCGCUUUCCAAGAGGACCCCCCCCCUCCCAGCCGCCGCCGCUUCGCCCACCCCCGAAGCCCCUCAAGGCUGUUUGGCACCAUGAAUUGGGGCACCGAGCUGUGGGAUCAAUUUGACACCCUCGAAAAACACACCCAGUGGGGUAUCGACAUUCUGGAAAAAUACAUCAAAUUUGUCAAAGACCGGACGGAAAUCGAGAUCAAUUAUGCAAAACAGCUUAGGAACCUCGCAAAGAAAUACCAGCCCAAAAAGAACUCCAAAGAAGAGGAUGAAUACACGUAUUCAUCCUGUCAGGCUUUCCUGGCGACUUUGAACGAAAUGAACGACUACGCGGGUCAGCACGAGGUCAUUUCAGAGAAUAUGACCUCCCAAAUCACCACCGAAUUAGCCCGUUAUGUACAAGAACUCAAGCAGGAAAGAAAAUCGCAUUUUCACGACGGACGGAAAGCGCAGCAGCACAUAGAAACCUGUUGGAAACAGCUGGAAUCGAGCAAGCGACGAUUCGAACGGGAUUGCAAAGAAGCCGACCGGGCGCAGCAAUACUUCGAGAAGAUGGACGCAGACAUCAACGUCACGAAAGCAGAUGUUGAGAAGGCGCGCCAGCAAGCCCAGCUCCGUCACCAGAUGGCCGAAGACAGCAAGGGAGAGUAUCUGUCCACGUUACAGAAAUUCAACCACGAGCAACGGGAACACUACCACACGCAUAUCCCCAAUAUUUUCCAGAAAAUCCAGGACAUGGAAGAGAGACGGAUCAUCAGAAUAGGGGAAUCCAUGAAAACGUUUGCCGAGGUGGAUCGCCAGGUGACGCCCAUCAUCGGGAAGUGCCUGGAUGAGAUCACCAAGGCAGUGGAUUCCAUUGACCCAAAGCACGAUUCUCAGCUCGUGAUCGAUGCCUUCAAAUCCGGCUUUGAACCCCCGGGAGACGUUGACUUUGAAGACUUCACUCAGCCGAUCAAGAGAGCCGUUUCCGAAUCGAGUCUCUCAAAUUCCAAAGAGAGCAAAUCGGAAUCCAGAUUUUCGAGCAAGUCCAAGGGCAAAUUAUGGCCGUUCAUCAAAAAAAACAAGCUUAUGUCCCUUUUAACACCCCCCUAUCAGCCUCCUCCUCUACCCCCUUCCUCUGCCUCGCCUUCUGCUCUUCCAAAUGGCCCUCAAUCCCCCAAGCAGCCAAAGGAACCCCUCUCCCAUCGCUUCAACGAGUUCAUGACCUCCAAACCCAAAAUCCACUGCUUCAGGAGCCUAAAGCGAGGGCAACAGUCUCAGUCUUUAUACUUUGACAAAGAACACAUGAAGAGGCGAUUAGGCAGACCCACCUAUGCCGUGGAAGCUAGGGAAUAUGUUCUUUCCCUGAAGCUGAUAACUUUGAAUAUGCAGGUCUGGAAUAUAAUGGAGGGAGGAGGACCAGAAGAUUAUAGCAACCUUCCCCCGGAGCAACGGAGAAAAAAACUCCAGCAAAAAGUGGAUGAAAUCAACAAGGAUAUUCAGAAAGAGCUGGAUCAAAGAGAGGCCUUAACGAAAAUGAAAGAUGUUUACGUCAAGAACCCCCAAAUGGGAGACGCAGCUAGCGUGGACAUUAAGUUAGCUGAACUCGGACAAAACUUGGAGAAGCUGAGGCUGGAAGUACAAAAAUUCGAGGGCUGGUUAGCGGAGGUGGAAGGCCGGUUACCUGUCCGGACAGAGGUGAUGCGUCGACAGAGUGGAGCAUACGAGCCGCAGAGCAACACCUUGACCGUCACCAAUUGCGUCCAGGACCGAGAGAGCAGUCCCGAUGGCGGUUACACAGAGGAACCCAGCCAGGAGAGUGAGAUGAAAACGCCGACGACCGAAUUUGAUGAUGAGUUUGACGAUGAGGAACCCCUGCCCACCAUUGGCACCUGCAAGGCUCUGUACACCUUUGACGGACAGAAUGAAGGAACCAUUUCGGUAACGGAAGGAGAAACGCUCUUCGUCAUAGAGGAAGACAAAGGAGACGGGUGGACUCGCAUCCGGAGGAACGAGGAUGAGGAAGGUUACGUCCCCACUUCUUACGUUGAGGUCUUUUUGGAGAAGAAUGCCAAAGAUUCCUAAAGAAAAAUAGAAAAAGAAAACCACAAGUCAGUUUGCUUCUCACAAGAGACUCUGGACGAGCUGGGCACACAGAGGAAAGAAAACGGACGAUUGGAUUUUAUGGUUAUUUGGAAACGUGUCCCGUUUUUUGAAACCCACUUCCGACGUUGGCGAGCUUGGGAUGAAAGGGAGGGAGAAUUAAGGCACUGAAGCCCUCAAAUGGAAGGGGGAUUAAAACACCCUUCUGAAACUAUC